AUGCAUAGUGAUCAAGAAAAAAAAAUAAUAAAUGUUUGUCAAACUUGUCGCCAACCAAUUUAUGAAGGCCAACCAAUUUAUACCAGUUCUAAAGGACAGAGUUCGGGAUACACUAGAGGUGUUUAUGGAGGAACAGGUUUUUUUGGAAAUUAUCAAGGUGGAGCCUAUGGAGGGCACCACAGCGAAGAACAAAAGGCCGAAGAAGAGAAAGAAAAAUUAUUAUUGGAGCAAAAGGCUCAAGAUUUAUACCAAAAAGUCAACAAUUUUACUCUCACUUUUGCUUUGAAAAAGAAUGAAAAAAAUGAACCGCUUGGUUCGGUCAAUUACAAAGAAAUUUUGCAAGAGUUAGAAAAAAAAGGUUUUCAGUUGAAAAAAAGUCAAUUAGUAGAUUUUCAUCCUCUUCAUAAUUUAGGAGAAAAUGCUGUUAAAAUAAAACUUACAACCACUAAACUUAAUAAUUUUCAACGAGAAAAUUUAACUAAUAUUAGAAAAGAGUUGAAAGAAGUAGAAAGAAAAUUUAGGCUAGAAGUUAAAAAAAAUCCUCAGUUAAAAAAUUCGAAAAUUACUAAAAAGUUAGAGAAUUCCAGUUCUAAUUCUAAUAAUCAGCAAAAUACUCCUUCUUAUUCUGAGCAAAUAACUAGAUUGCAGGAAGAAAUAGCCCAACUUACUAGCCAAUUAGCAGAGGCAGAAACUAAUAGUGAUGAGGCUGAAAAACAAAGGUUACAGAACAUAAUAGUUAAUAAAAAUCAGCAGAUUCAAAACUUACUAAAUAAUAAUCCUAAUCAAGGACCAAAUCAAAACCCUCCUUUGCCUCCUGGUUCUACUAAGGGACGAUUAACACUUAGUUAUAAUGGUGAGGUAGGAGGCAAGCAUGAAUAUAUUAACAUUAAUAAUGGAAGCGAAAGACUUCUCAUUGACAAAAAAAAUCCGAUUUUUGCUUCCGGAACUAAUUUAAAUAUAAAGGACAAUCAUUAUAUCUUUACUUUUGAUAAAAAGAACAUCGCCAAGAAUGAUUUGAAUAACUAUAUCAUUGAUGAGAAUAAAACAGAUUUUUCUUUAAAUAAUGCUUAUGCUCCUCCACCACCAGUAGAUCCAAAAGAAAAUACUGGACCAGAACAGCAACCCAGAAAGAAACCGAACAGUAAUGGAUUUAAUUUUGAUAAUUUUAAUAGAGAAGAACCGAAUGGAAGGAACUGGACCUCUUCAGGAGAUUAUGAAGUGAAUGAAAAAUUUAAAGGUAUGGGUAUUGGAUUAGACGAAGUUGAAUUUUUGGCUACUCAUCCAUCGAGUACAAAGAGCAUUAAAAUUUCUAAAAAUAACCCUCUCAUUUCAAAAAUAGGUCUUGAUAGAAUUGUCGAUCAUUACUUUUGGAUUAAGUUCCACAAAGGAAAUGACAAUGGGUUACUUGGAAUUUCUUAUUAUUUUGAUGCACAUAACGAACAAUUUGAUUUAGAACCGAUUGAUGAAUUUCGACCAAAUAAUGGGGAUGAAUAUUCAUCUCAUUCUAAUAACUGA